CACGACAUUUGCUCUCGUGCCAGCUAUCAAAGCGAGCAACAUGAAGGCUACGUUAUUCGUCUGCCUUGCCAUCGUCUUUGCCUUGGCUGCUGUCAACGGCUAUCCCUACUACAAAGGCUUCGGCCGCUUCGGUGGUGGCUACGGCGGCAUCGGUCUGGUCAGAGGUUUCGGCUAUGGAGGCCACGGAGGCUACGGUGGUUACGGAGGGGGAUUCCGGAAAUUCGUCGGCUUUGGCGGCUAUCGUGGUUACGGUGGCUACGGUGGCUACGGACUCGGCAAGUUCUUCCACGGAUAAGCGUCUACGUUGGAAAGUAGCAGCAAGAGGGUCGUCUCAAGCUCUCAAUGCUGCGGCCAGCGACGCACGCUGGUCGCAAAAAAUGUCCGGAGUCGUGUGCUGACAGUCAUAUUGUUCCUGCGUAAGCGCGACCUUCGGGCUCGUUACCAUCAGCCAAAAAUAAAGUUCUGAUUCCACCGUCAAAGUUAC